AUGGCGCACCAAAUGGUAAGAGCACUUGCAGCUCUGGAGAGGCGUAUGGAUGCCCAGUUUCACUCACUCAUUCAGUGCCUUACUCACAUCAGGGAUGACCUGCCUGACAUCACGGGAGAAACCCAGGACACAGAUGCUUGCCCACCAGAGGCCGAAAGUGUCCCGCAACAUCUUAGCCCCCACAGCUUGGAAGCGGGCGAGAGCAACGGCGCUCUAUAUGCUCCCCUCCCCCAGGCUGACAAGAUAAUCCCCCAGCUUACAGCGCUCCCGGGGAGCAGCCAAGACAGUUAUAUCCUGAGCAUAACUACUCACUGGAUUCUCACCCCGAGGCGAUCAGCCGAAGCAGAGCUGGGGAGAGUCAGACUUUCCUUUUUGAAACGGACACACUCUUACACCCCUCAAACCUCAAGCCUAGCGCUGUUUGCAGACAAACCUGUUUCAUCACCACUGCCCAUAAUCUUUGUCAUUACUCCGACCUAUGCUCGACUUGUGCAGAAGGCAGAACUCACCAGCAUGGCCAACACUCUGCGCCAAGUUCCGGCAUUACAUUGGAUUGUGGUAGAAGACUCAUACAACAAGACCCUGCUAGUGACUAACUUCUUAAGGACAUGUAGAGUGAAGUAUACACAGCUCUGUGUAAAGUCCCCAGAAGGUGUUACUAAAGCAAGAGGAACAUUGCAGAGAAACGUUGGCCUAAGCUGGUUACGAGAAACCUUCUAUCCUGAUGAAGCGCCAGAAGGAGUCGUGUAUUUCGCUGAUGAUGACAACACCUACAGCUUGGAGAUCUUUGAAGAGAUGCGAUACACUAACAAAGUCUCUGUCUGGCCGGUAGCCUUUGUUGGUGGCCUGCGCUACGAGUCAUUGAAUCUAGACGCUGCCGGGAAGGUUGAGGGAUUUGCAGUAAAGUAUGAGGCGUCACGACGUUUUGCUAUAGACAUGGCUGGUUUUGCUAUCAACUUGAGGCUGAUUCUGGAAAAUCCCAGGGCCGUGUUUCGUUUAGAUGUGAAAGGUGGAUAUCAGGAGACGAGCUUACUGGAAACCCUUGUCAGCAUUGAUGAACUGGAACCUAAAGCCAACAACUGCACCAAGAUUUUAAUCUGGCAUUUGAGCCAAUGUUAG